AUGGAGAAAACACAUGCCAUAAUUCAGAGUCAAACAACCUCUUUGAGAAACUUGGAGAACCAAGUUGGGCAACUCGCUAAUGACUUAAGAAAUAGACCCCAAGGGAGUUUGCCAAAUGACACCGAAAACCCAAGAAAUCCGGGCAAAGGACAUUGUAAGGUAAUUACCUUGUGCAGUGGCAAGGAAUUGGAAGCCUUGAAGAAGAAUUAUGUGCAUGAAAAAGAGCCCUCUUCAAUCCAAAAUGAGGCAAGGGUUAAAGGAAAUCAAGAAAUUUCUCGUAAAGAUAAUCAAUUUAAGAAGUUUAUGGAUGUUUUGAGGCAGCUACACAUUAAUAUUCUGUUGGUGGAUGCACUUGAGAAAAUGCCCAGUUAUGCCAAGUUUAUGAAAGAUAUCUUGAUAAAGAAAAGAAGACUGGGCAUUGGAGAAGUAAGUCCCACUACAAUAACUUUGCAACCGACGGAUAGAUCACUCUCCCAUCCUGAUGGUAAGAUUGAGGAUUUAUUGGUUCGAGUAGAUAAGUUUAUAUUCCCUGCUGAUUUUAUUGUCCUUGAUUAUGAAGCAGAUAUUGAAGUGGAGUUUGAUUUGGAGACACCAGAUCAAAAGGGAGUGGAAAACAAGGUGGCUUACCAUUUAUCACGGAUGGAACAUGAUGACGAUGCUUACUCUUAUGUUUCUUGUUGUGAUCGCUGCCAGAGAGUCGGUAAUAUCUCAAGGAGAAAUGAAAUGCCUCUCACUAAUAUACUUGAGGUUGAAUUGUUUGAUGUUUGGGAGAUGGACUUCAUGGGUCCUUUCCCUCCAUCCUUCGGGAAUCUAUAUAUCUUAGUGGUGGUUGAUUAUGUUUCUAAGUUGAUGGAGGCAAUAGUUAGUCCUUCAAAUGAUUCUAAAUUGGUAAUGAAGUUCCUCCAUAAGCAUGUGUUUACAAGAUUUUGCACGCCAAGAGCUUUGCUUAGUGACGAGGGUACUCAUUUUGUAAACAAAGCCUUGGAAGCCCUUCUAGAAAAAUACAAUGUUCGCCACAAGAUCGCCAUGGAGUAUCAUCCCCAGACCAAUGGGCAAGUUGAGAUAUCAAAUAGAGAGAUUAAAAUUAUUCUUGGAAAAGUGGUGAAUCCAUCAAGGAAGGAUUGGUUGAAACGAUUACAUGAUGCUUUGUGGGUAUACCAGACAACUUACAAAACUCCAUUCGGCAUGUCUCCAUUUCUCUUGUUCUUGGGGAAGGCUUGUCACCUACCUGUGGAACUUGAGCACUGUGCCUAUUGGGCAAUAAAAAAAUUAAACUUGGAUUAUCAUGCAGCUGGGGAGGCUCGUCUAUUGCAGAUUAACGAAUUAGAAGAGCUGAGGUUGUUUUCUUAUGAGAAUGCCAAGUUGUUUAAGGAGAAGACUAAGCGAUGGCAUCAUAGACACAUUCAAGCUUAA